UGGAUGUAACGUUUAUAGGAGACCAUGGAUGCCUCAGUUAUAUUUCGUUUGAUUGUUUUCCUUCUUUUAUUAAGUCAUAUCAGCUCAGAGUGUUUUCCAGGAUGCUCCUGCGGGACUGACCGUUAUGGGAGGUCGCUCACAUGUAUGGAAACUGCAUUAACCAGAAUUCCUGCGGACAUACCGGAAGAUUUGACUAAAAUCCGAAUAGAGAAAUCACAGCUAAGUGAACUACCAAAGGCAGCGUUUUCCCAUAUUAAGUUUCUUAAGCACCUCUGGCUGAAUUUCAAUGACAUCGCCAUCAUAAAUAUGAAAAGUCUGGAAGGUUUGGGUAACUUGACGGAGCUCCGUUUGCAGGGUAACAAACUGCGUUCAGUACCGUGGACAGCGUUUGAGGAAACGCCCAACCUCAAGAUUCUGGACCUGAAGCACAACCGCAUUGACGCCCUCCCUGAACACGCGCUAAAGUUUUUACCAGGACUGACCUACUUAGACCUGUCCUCUAAUCAACUCUCAGUCAUUUCUAAAGACGUCUUUCUGAACUGGCCUCUCUACCACGCAGAAAACAAGCAUGAAAAACCCACAGCGUCCAACGUUGUUCUGGCGCUUCACGACAACCCGUGGCUGUGCGACUGUCGCCUGGGAGGCUUCAUUGAGUUUAUCAAAUCGUUGAGUCCCCCGUUCAUUCUAAUGAACGCGUAUUUGACAUGCUCUGACCCAGAAUUCAAGGCAGGGAAAUUUUUCCAUGAGGUAGAUUUAAAGACGUGUGUGAAGCCAGUAGUCAGCGCCCCAGUCAACAACAUCACCGUGCCUUUAGGUGGGAACAUAACGCUAACAUGCUUUGCCACGGCCAGACCUGAACCUGCCAUUCGGUGGACAUAUGGUCUUAAGAUACUAAGAGGAUUUCGUGAGAUUCAGAGCCGUGUAGAUGAAGACACUAUCAGGACUCAGCUGAUCAUUCCUUCGCUCCAUCUGGCCGACAGAGGACUCUACACCUGCUCUGCCAACAAUUUCAUCGGCAAUUCCUCCAUUGGUAUUUUACUGGAUGUGAAAUCUCCGCAAGGCUCUCUGUCUCAUUCGUCAGACCUCCAUGCUGCCGUCGCUGAGGAAAAUGUUUACAUCGAUAUCCGUAUUGCCAAGCAGACAGUGUAUGGCAUUACAAUUGAGUGGCGUGCUGUAAUAGACAAUCCUGCAGAAACCUGGUUCACCAUUCAUUUUGGCCGCUAUGACGCAGUUAAGAAAGAGCAGAUAUACAUCGGACCAGGUAUUAACACAUACUCUGUCACAGACCUGCUACCAGUCACUAAGUAUGAAAUCUGCGUUACUCUAAAGAACCAGGCUCCUCGGAACGACCAGUGCAUUGUGUUCGUGACAGGCAGCGAUUUCAAUGAAAUGGAACAGAGAGAAAAGCUCAUUCACAUUGUCGUCAUUGUACUUGCCAUGGUGCUCGCUGUGCCUGCGGGAAUGUACGCCUGUACCACCGAUGCCAAGUUCAACUGCUUUGAGCGUUGCACGGAAAUGUGGAGAAACAGGAGACAUGCGGAGAGCUCGCACACGUCUGACGAGAGGCAGGGCACGUUUGACAGUCUCCAAGCUGCCAGUGAUGAGGGCCUCUGCAAGGAGUCCAGCAAGGAGCAGAAGGCCCGACGAAGGUCUGCUGAUAAGAUACAGAAAACAAAGAAUGAACGGAGACCAACAGCUGAGCUUUACUGACACUACACACUGAAAGACAUCUAUAGACUGAUUAAUACCCAUAAAAGGAAAGCCUACUUUGUCAUCCAUCUUCAGUGGUCAACAGGACGAGAUCUGAGUAAUGUUAAUAUGCUUGUUAUGGAUGCCACAAUCUUCAGAAGAGAGUCUCAAUUGAUCAUGAACUCAUGGAUCAGCUGCUGCUGGACAGGAUUUUCCAAACGUCAAGCCAUUGAAUAAAUGUAAAGUCACUGAAUCAAACACUUCUCUCCACCUUAUUUUGCAUCGCAUAAGUAAGCUAUUUUCUUUGAAUCUGCGACACUUCCAAUUCUUUAGCCACUUAUAGGUAAAUAACUAGAAGAAUAACAAAGUGCAGUAAACUAUUUGUGCUGCAUAGCAGUGUUUAUGAUUAUGAUAAUAAAUGAGCAACAACACACGAGUAGCCACUGUGAUUCGGCUGUACGCUCAGAUCUCUGAAAGCGACUAAACAAAUUGUAAAGUAGGCACUGUGUUUAUAUAUGAAUCGCAUAUUUGAGGUGUAAAUAAUGACAUUCUCGCCUAAAAAACUCUUAAAGUUGCAGUGUAUAAAUUUUAGCGGGAUCUAGUGGUGAGGUUGCGAAUUGCAAAAUAGAGAAGCUACGUUGGCCGUAGUCUGAGACAGCAGAGAGUAGCCAGUCAAGCAAACGCAUUCUGUAGAGCAGUUUGUCCGUUUAGGGCUACUGUAGAAACAUGCCGGCGUAAAAUGGCGAC